AUGGGCAUGGACAAGUCCGGAACGAUGAUUUGCGAUCUGUUCGAGAAAAACAUGUGUACCAGAGGCGCGAACUGUCCAUUUCGCCACGUAACUCUUGACAAGCAUGUGGUAUGCAAGCACUGGCUCCGAGGAUUGUGCAAAAAGGGCGACGACUGCGAGUUUCUUCAUGAGUAUGACAUGGCAAAGAUGCCCGAGUGCUACUUUUUCUCGAAAUUUGGCCGUUGCGAAAAUCGUGAUUGCCAGUAUCUUCAUAUCGACCCGAAUUCGAAAGUGAAAGAAUGUCAGUGGUACGCGAGAGGAUUCUGCAAGCAUGGGCCUCUUUGCAAAUCAAGACACGUCAGAAAAGUAAUGUGCCAGAAUUGGCUGGUUGGUUUUUGCCCGCUUGGUCCAAAAUGCAAAUAUGCUCAUCCGACUUUCGAUCUGCCAACUGUGGAGGUAAAAUCGAACAUCAUGUGCCACGCGUGCAGACAGCCCGGCCACAAAAGCACCCAUUGCCCAAAUCUAAUCAAGCGCGAGUAA